GCAGAGCACGGCAGAUCUCGGAUUUCCUGUAUGCUGUCGACCAGGAUCGGCGAUGGAGUUUCCUGAAAUCAGCAAAAAGUUCAAGAAAGCGGCCGCCAAGCAGCGGUCUCGUGUGAAGAUCUCGUUCGACGAGGGCGAGGGUGAAGACGACGGCUCGCCUUCGUUGCCGCACGCGUCGAAGAGAUCAACUUCGAAGAAGACGUCGAGUUUGGACCGCAACGCUACGAACGACACGUCUGUUCCGAGUAAUGAACAUUUAGAAGCUCAGGACGAAACCCGAGACGAUGAUGAGGAAGAAGAAGAACCUCAUAUCAUCACCGCGUCAUCUUUAAGGAAGAAACAAAAAACUAGAGCCAAAGGGCUAGCAUCUGAUCUGGCAAGAGUCAGACUACGUGAUAAGCUAGCGCCGAGCGUGCCAGCUGUAAAAGAAACCUCCAGCACAUCCUAUUCUGCUUCCUAUCUUGAUGAGCUGCGCGGUGCCACACCUACAACACCGGCUGAGUUUACCAAGAAAGUGGACUUUGAUGACGACCAAAACCGUGACAGCUCUGAUCCCAAAGACGAAGAUGUCUUUGAGGUCAAUGCUGAGAUGAUGGAGGAUAUAGAUGUACCAGACGAGGCCUUCAUAAGCCACAUGAUUGAAAGGAGGAGAGAAAAGGCAGCAGCGCUUGCGGAAGAGGAGUCAAAAGAGGAGACUCCAUCGAAAGCCAAGAAUUUCAUCUCUCUUGAUGAGUCUGCUAGUGACGGGGAAGAGAAAAUGGAAGGAGUCGAGACAUAUGAAGAGGAUACGAGUGAACGCCCUAGCAAAGGUCGUCUGCAGCGUGAAGAUGACGUUCCUGAUAACGAAUUUGAGGAGAUUGCUGAAGGCGAUGGCCGCAUCCCGUUAAGCGCCGCUCAGGAACUUCACCAGCAACAACAACGGAGGCGUGAAAUGGAAGACAUGAUCAACGACCACGAAGAUGACCAGCCUGAAGCGGGCGAUGAUUAUCUGUACAUGGGCGAAGCCAGUAGUGACUCUGAAGACGACUGGGAGAGGGCACAGCUUAUGAAAGGCGCUUUUGGAAAACGGAUGAAUGGCACAGACCAAGGCGUUGACCAAAGGAAGUCGGAGACUGACUCGAAGUUCAUGGUACUCCAGGGUUUACCAGACUUUGACUCGGUUUUAAAGAGGCUUACGCUUACGCUCGAGAAGAUGCGACAACACAGAGACGAGUCGUUCGAUUCCCUUAAAGAGCUAGAAGCUGAACGGGAACGAAUAGAAACAAGGAAGGCUGAGGUGAAGGAGGCCCUCGAGAGUCAAAUUAUAGAUGUAUAGAUAAACAGGGG